AGGAUGAAUGUUAUCCCUCGGUCCAACCCACUUUCAGCCUGGCGCAUUAGGGGGCGCUAGUAUAAAUAGUGGCCAUUUGAGUGUCCCUGGAUCGCUUACCUGUGAUCUCCUUUUUGGUCACCUGACUUCCCUUUGGUGUUGCCGAGAUUAUUUGCGGGUUACACUUCUGAAGCCUCCAUCGCGGCUGGUCGUAGCUGUAGAAGCCUCCUCUGAGCCAUUCUGCUCAUGCUUUAUGAUGCGGCUUACUCGGUACGUAAUCAACUUUUGUUACGAUCUCUGCCUUUUUAUUGUUCUUUUAUAGUAAUUACUUAUUAUGCUUUGCAGGAAGUGUGGGCCUUAGUUUUACGCCACGCUACGCGAACCGAGGUGCUGCUGCUUUGCUUUGCUUUGUUUUGCUUUGUUUUUGCUGUCUGUUCUGGCUGCGAAGUUUCUUUCCUACUGCUGCCAGCCUUUAAAGUGGACGUCGGCGUGGACAACAGCCAUAUGCAUGUCACGCGGAUCGGCUGGCGUACAUACUGAUUGACGGACUGGAUAAUUAACUUAUAGUCGUGCAGACGGCAAGUUGGAGCAAUACGGCGAUUCCGUUUGCUCCAUAUUUUAGAGUUUUAUCCAGAUUGUAUGUUGUUUUACUGUUGUUUGAUUUGUAGUUUGGAUUUUUGUUACGCCACUGGUGGGAGGCCCUUUUUCUAGCUGUAGAUCACCAGUGUGGUCCUGCAGUUGGGUUAUCCCCCAGCGCUACACAUUAGUUUGCUGUAAUAUAUUAAAAUUUUCUUUGUUUCUUUUAUUCAGAUGCGGAGCGCCGACGUGGAGGAGACUAGGGUGCCUUGGUGGUGGGAUCCUUUGCGUGUACACACCUGCCUUGUUUAGUUUAUUAGUGUGAGUGUGUGAUAGUGUGCUGCACUUGUGUCUUGGUGUGUUUUCUUUUUUUAGUUUGUGUGUGGCAUCCCUGCCCCUCCACUGGAUAAAAGCAAAGCAGCAGCUACUUUGGUGUGGGAUUCCACAGCUGUGUUACAGAGAUGGAGGAAGAGUUACAGGAACUCAGGGACUUGAUCGCGCAGCUGAAAGCAGACAAUGAGAGGCUGCGUCAGGAGAGGGCUGUUGGGUCAGGUACUAGUGCUACACCUUCUACUUCAACUGCAUCAUCUGUUAACCCCCCAACUGCUAGUGUCUCUGUAGCAGAGAGACUAGUUUUUGUGCCCCGUGACAGAAAAUGCCCUAUGUUUAGAGGAAAAUCAGGUAUAGGGUUGAAUGAAUGGUUGGAGGAAAUAGAAGCUUGUGCUAGGGCGCGUCAUUUGUCUGUGGCUGAUAAAGCAUUUUUUCUGUUUGACCACCUGGAAGGGGAAGCACGUGAGGAGAUUAAAUAUCGCUCUAGUGCAGAGAGGACUGAUCCCACUAAGAUAAUCACUAUAUUGCAAGAACUUUAUGGCUGUUCAGACUCCUAUGUAGCAUUGCAGGAAGCUUUCUUCUCUAGAAAACAGCAGGAAAGUGAGACACUGCAAGAGUUUUCCCUCGCUCUCUUGGGUCUUAUGGAAAAAGUUCAAUCGAGUGCCCCCAAUGGCAUGCCCAAUGCUGACGUUUUAAUAAGAGAUCAAUUUGUUGAACAGGUCUUAGAUAGUACCUUGCGGCAGGAGUUAAAGCAGCUAGUAAGGAGGCAGCCAACACUGACAUUGCUGGAGAUUAGAGGGGAAGCUAUUAGGUGGGAACGUGAGGGGUUGCCUAGUGGCGUUAGACAUAGAAGCAGUUCUGUCCCUUCUGUCUAUGGCAUUCAGUAUGGGGUCCAUAGCGGUCCUUCAGGAAUAGCCCAGUCCACCCAUUUGUCUGAGAUGAGCGAGAUGAAGGAAUUGUUAAAGUGCCAGCAGGAGCAACUUAAUCAGCUCACUCAGAGCAUUGCUCGAUUGCAGGGCCCCCAUCGAAUGUCUCGCUCAGGACGGAGCGAUUCCAUUAUAUGCCGAUGUUGUCAGCAACCUGGACAUUUUGCUCGGGAGUGUGAUGGGGAACGUGUUCCUCGUUCCCGGCCUCCUUCGCAGGCCCCUCUGCAUAAUCGCAGGCACUCUCCUUUAAAUACGGCUUUGGAAAACUAGCACCCUCCGUAUUGCCGAGCCACAGUUCGGGUGGGGUGUCUAUUGGCUCAAGGGUUGUUUCUAAUGGUCCAGAGGCAGUCUCCAAAUUAAUUUCAUCCUGUCCGCAUAUAGAUGUAGACAUGGGCGGUAUAAAAGUAUCUUGUUUGGUUGAUACGGGGUCCAUGGUCUCCACCAUUACUGAAAGC